AUGGCCGAAUCUGGAGAUGUUCCCAUGACCGACGCCACGCCCGCGCCUGCUGCAGCGGCACCAGCAGCGACGGGCGGUGGCCUCGAGAGUGCCGAUAUUUGGGGCGAGGACGACAUUGUUACAGCUGACCUCAAGAGGUCCAGCGUCGAGGAGAUCAAUCAGCGCAUCCGACUCCUAGACAAUGAUAUUCGUGUCAUGAAGAGUGAACAGCAGCGUCUAACGCACGAGAUUAAAACCAUCGAAGAAAAGACAAAGGACAACAAGGAGAAGAUCAAGCUCAACCGCCAGCUGCCCCACUUGGUGGCGAACGUGGCCGAGAUCCUGGAACUGGAGCCGGAUCAGGACGACGAGGAUGGCGCCAUGCAAGACAUUGACACCCAGCGGGAUGGCAAAAGCAUGGUGAUCAAGACCACAACAAGGCAAACCAUCUUCCUUCCCGUGAUUGGUCUUGUGGAGGCAUCAGAGUUGAAGCCGAAUGACUUGGUGGGCGUGAACAAGGACUCCUACCUAGUGUUGGACAAGUUGCCGCCAGAGUAUGACUCUCGUGUCAAAGCGAUGGAGGUAGAUGAACGUCCGACGGACCAGUACAGUGACAUCGGUGGUCUGGAGAAGCAGAUUCAAGAGUUGCAGGAGGCCAUUGUCCUACCCAUGACCCACAAGGAGCGUUUCGAAAACAUCGGCAUCCAGCCGCCAAAGGGCGUACUGAUGCAUGGGCCCCCCGGGACUGGCAAGACCAUGAUGGCCCGUGCCUGCGCAGCCGCCACGAACGCCACCUUUCUGAAGUUGGCAGGACCCCAGCUGGUGCAAAUGUUCAUUGGCGAUGGAGCCAAGAUUGUCCGUGACGCCUUUGUGCUUGCCAAGGAGAAAGCGCCGGCCAUCAUCUUCAUCGAUGAGUUGGACGCCAUCGGCCAAAAGCGAUCCGGCGGAGGCGAGUUGUCUGGCGUCCGCGAGGUCCAACGCACGAUGCUUGAGCUGCUGAACCAGCUGGAUGGCUUCACGAACCAGACCACUGUGAAGAUUAUUGCGGCCACGAACCGUCCUGACACACUGGACCCCGCCUUGCUUCGUUCUGGGCGUUUGGAUCGAAAGAUUGAGCUGCCGCACCCGAAUGAGGAUUCUCGCGCGCGCAUUAUGCAGAUCCAUUCCCGGAAGAUGAACUACAAGAAGGACGACGUGAAUUUCGUUGAACUUGCGCGCUCCACAGACGACUUCAAUGGAGCCCAGCUCAAGGCGGUGUGCGUCGAGGCCGGCAUGGAGGCGUGCAGCUUAGAUUCUCCGUUUAAGGAAGACAGCGGAGGGCCGUCGGGGCUUACAGGAAUGAUGCGUGGGUUUCCAAAGAGUGGAUAA